UGCAGUGUCCUUCCGGGUCAAACUAGCUUCGAACUUCACAGACCACAACAGCAGCCCGGUGUCUGAUACUCUGCCGUCACCUCACGUGUUCACGGUAUCGACUGUUUUAAUCCAUCGACUCAGAGUUAACGGUAACUACAUUCAGACAUGGCCGGUUUACCGCCCGGAGACCCGCAGCUGGUCUCGAUGAUCGUCAGUCACUUGAAGACACAGGGACUCUUCGACCAGUUCAGGAGGGACUGCCUGGCAGACGUUGAUACAAAGCCCGCUUACUUGAACCUAAAACAAAGAGUGGACAACUUUGUCUCUAAUCACCUCUCUAAUCACACAUGGAGCCCUCAUCUGAACAAGAACCAGCUGAGGAACAACAUCAGACAACUCGUGCUGCAAUCUGGGAUGCUGGAGCAGGGAGUGGACAGGAUUGUGGCCCAGGUGGUAGAUCCCAAGAUAAACCACAUCUUCAGGCCGCAGGUGGAGAGGGUGGUCCGUGAAUUUCUGUCACCUGGCAGCUGCUCUGAAGAACCACCACCCCCACCGCCUCCAACAGAGACCAAACCAGACAGCAGCAUUUUUGAGCAAGCCUCAUCAUCUACUCCAGCUACCACUUCAGCCAGCGACGCCAUGUCCAUCCUGGACACCAUAACCUCUCUGAACCAGGAGGCCAGCGUGUGGGCCAGUUCAAGCUCAGAUAAAGGACGUAAAGGCCAUGCUUCAGAUGAGCCCAUGCAGCUGGUGGAGGAGGGCGAGCAGGACAUGUGCAUCGUCGAGGAAGGAGACGGCCAACAUGAUGGGAAGACACUGGAAGACGCAGAGGAGCUGGCAUCAGAGGUCCAGGCGUUAGAGGUGAAGACCGAGGACACCCAGGAGCAGAUGGAUGUUGGAAAAGAGGGGUUAUUAGAGGAGAUGAAGGUGGAAGAGGAGGAGACGGGAACUCAGGAGUUUAUAGAGGAGGAGAAAGAUAAAGCUGCGAGCAAAACCACUGGGAAACCCUCAGAGGAAAAGCAGGAUGAUGAUCUGCUGAAAUCUAGUCAGGCAAAGCAGAAAGCCAGAGAGAGGAUAAAGGAAGAAUACUUUUUGGAGGACUCGGACCUGGAGGGCCUGAGUGACAUCACAGUGAGCUCCGUCCACACCAGCGACCUGUCGUCAUUUGAGGAAGAAAGUGAAGAUGAGGAGCUGCAGUCUGAAUCUUCUGAAGAGGGAGAGCUUCUAUCAGAUGAUCAAGGUGAGAGCGCAGAAAAGAAACGCACCGGAGACGCAGAAGAAGAUCGCAAACCUCGCCGCAAGGCCUACGUUCACAAGCCCUUCCUCUACUCCCGUUACUAUAGCGACUCAGAUGAUGAAGUCACUGUGGAGGAGCGUCGGAGGUCUGCGGCAAAGGACAAAGAGGAAAGGCUGCUCAAGAGACAACAGAACAGAGAGCGAAUGGAGGAGAAGCGCAAACAGAAAACAGGGCAGACUGAAGAGCAAGAUCACAAAAAACAAAAGAGUGGGGACUCUGCCGGGCUGGAGGGCCCCAGAGCCAAAGAGGCUCGUAAAGAAAGGAAAGUCCUGGAGAAGAAAAUGGCCCUCAACAGGAAGAGGAAGCUAGACUCGAGGAAAGAGGGAGAUGUUUCAAGCAAAAAGAAGGGAGAUGCAGAAGGAUCCAAGAAAGCAGAAGUGAAAUCUACAACUUCCAAGACUCCACAGCCCAAACUGAUAAGAAAUCUGUCAGAAUCGGCAUCGUCUGACGAGCGACACAGGAGGACAAGCGGCAGCGUCUCAGAGGAUUCCAGCGAAGCCAGAAAGCUGUCUGAAAAAAGCCGGACACACUCCUUCAUCUUGGAGUUGGAGCAAGGUUCCCAAGAGGCUCUCAAACAACGUUCAGUUGGGAAAUUUGAUAGGUUGUCCCGUAAAGAGCUUCACUCUAAAGAACGCAAAGAGAAAGAGCGCAGCUUGUCGGAUGAACGUGCCAAGCUCAAACAAAAGCAGGAGAAAAAACCUGAACAUCAGGCGGAUGAAUCUCAGCAGAAGGAAGGUGCUGCUGUUAAAGUGUCCUCUGAAGAGAAAGGUGAGAAGAAGCCUAAGAUUAAAAAUGAGAAGAAAAUGUCGGGAACAACAAGAGAAGGAAAGCUGACUGUGUCAGAGGCAGACGAGGGUCCUAAAGAUGCUACUGUGAAGAAGGUGAAAGCUCCAUCCGUGGAGACCGUGAAGGCAGACAAGGACAAACUCAGAGAAAAGGAGAAGGAUAAAGAUAAGAGCAAAGAAAAAGAAAAGGUCAAGGGAGAGAAAACUUCAGCUAAAAGUGAUAUCAAGCAGCUGCUCCGCCCUGAUUCGGCCGGUUCUUCUGAGGAUCGGUCUGACAUGGAGCCCGGGUCCGACAGCAGCAAGAAGAAAGAUAAGCACUCCAAGGAAGUCCUGAAAAGGUCAAAGAGCCACUCCGAGGACAGACAAGGAGACAAACCCAAAUCGAAAAUGGAGAGUAAAGACAGCGAGAAGGAAAAAACUAAAGCAGAUCAAGACAGCCAGAAGCCAAACAAGUCGAGCUUGGACACUGACAAAGAUCCAAAAAGGGUGAAGACAACAGAAAAAGGAAGGAUAGAAAAAGCUAAAUCUAAAUCCAAAGAGGAAACGAAGACUCUGUCAUCAAAGACGGAUAAUAAAGUUCAGAGUUCAGACGUCAAAAGCACAGGAAGUGCACCGGUCAGCAAACCUGAGACAGCAAAGGAGAAGAAGAAAGAAGGAAAUGCAAAGGAACAGCGGAAAGUCUCCGAGGAACCUCUGCAUGAGAAAUCAGAAGUCAAGAGUGCAAAGAAAAAACUGGAGAAGAAAGAGAAGCUCCCAGAAAAGAGAGAUGACAGCCAAGAAGAGAAGAAAGCACCCAAAGAAGACAAAGUGGAGAGAUCGGAUAAAUCUUCAAAGUCUUCAGUUUCCUCGCAGAGUCUCGACGCAGAGGAGCAGCCGAAGAAACGCCCUGUUCUCCAAGAUACCAGCACCGACUCUGAUCCCAUCACCACCACUGUCACCACCUCAUUCUCCGACGACACCUGUGACGCUUUAAGCGACAUCACCCCCGAGCCACCCGAGGGCGAAACAGAGUCGCGGCUCAGCGAGAUCCCAGCUGUGCCGGCCGAAGCCGACGCUCUGCUGGCGCUCAUGGACGUCUGCACCUCGGCAGAGGCCAGACUUCUACCUGAGAGCGGUCAAGGGGACGCCACACCCGAGAUGACUCUGCAGGAUGCCGAUAUGAAGAUGAAAGAAGCGGCUCUGACUCUGCUCUCCAUGGAUCCUGACAGUACAGUGUCCUCCAGCUUAAUUUGCCAAGAUACAAGGGAAGAGCCAGAGGUGAAUCAGACCGCAGAUUCUCAACCGAUGGAAACCACUGAAGCUGAACAAGAAGAGCAGCAUCCUCCUGUGGACGUGCAAACAGCUGCUGAAGCUGUUGAGUUUACAGCCACCGAGCCGGCACCAGUUACAUCUCAGCAGACUGUUGAGUUUGUCGAUGAGACACCAAACACUGCAGAUGUGUCUGAAAAUUCAAAGGAAGAAAUGGAAGUGGAAAGCGUUCAAGUGUCUGGGUCUCUUCCUCCACAGGAGGAUGACACUACCUCAGAUGAAUGUCAAGCUUCUUUAAAUAAAGAGGAAGCCAAAGGUGCAGAAAUUGCUCCUGAAACACAGCCGGAUGAAAAAAUGGCACCACCAGCAGCUGCCAAACAAGCUGCCGAUGCUGUUGCGUGUGAAGCGGAAGAGGUCAGAGUAGCCGCAGAGGAAAGCACAGAAGAAGAAACGUCGGAAAUGUCCAGUGAACAAGAGCAAACUGAGCCAGAUGUUUCAGACACAAAGACAACGAGCCCUAAGGCAGAGGAAGUGCUAGCUGAGGACGACCAGGCCAAGAUGGACGUAGAUAAUAGUGAGGCAGAGAGUAAGACAGUGGAGGAAGAAAGUGUUGCAGCUCCACAAACUAUGGAACUCAGUGCCCCAGAGAAGACUGAUGAGAUGACAGAAAGUGGAUCUGAGAGUCAGUCCAAACUGGUCAAACAAAUCAGUAACGUCCCCAGCACAGACAGCCAGGAAGAUGAGAAGGGAUCCGACCUGUCAGAAAAGGAAGAGAAGACGGAGGGAAGAGGAAGACGUAAGCGAAAGCUGUCCAGUCAGAAAGUUGCAGCGGUGAAAGAAUCUGGUGAUGAGACAGAAGAAAAGGAAAGUAAAGGGCAACCGUCUACUGAGGAGACCGAUCAGGAGAAGCUUGUGGAAGUCAAACCACCACGCAGGGGUCGAUCAUCCAGAACCAGCGAGGAGGCAGAGAAGGACCAACCUCAAGGACCUGAGAAACCGGAGGAGACACUGAGUCAUGGGGAAAGACGUUCAGGAGCUGCAGCCAAAGAAGCCGCUGCUGAUGAUGAGCGUAAAGACGAGGAGAGCACCGAUGAGACCUCAUCAAAAAAACCAGCUCAGAGCGAAGAGAGAACUGAGGAAGAAAGUGUGCCGAAGAAAACAAGUCGGUGUGGAAGUGAAGUCAGUCUGCCAUCUCCUGCUCCAGAAGACACCGAAGCCGCAGGAAGCUCCGACUCCAAAGAAACCACUGACCCGCGUAAACCAGCACUGAAGAGGAAGAGGUCAGAGGAAAUGGAGGAAUCUGUGGAGGCUGAAGAGGACGUAAUGAUGGACAACAGUCAACAGGAGCAAAGUGAGCAACAACCUGAGAGAGACAGUGGUUGCGCCCCUUCAGUGAGUCAGGCAGAGGAUCAAGAGGAGGCCAAGGAGGAGGCCAAGGAGGAGGCCAAGGAGGAGGCCAAGGAGGAGGCCAAGGAGGAGGCCAAGGAGGAAGCCAAGGAGGAGGCCAAAGAGGAGGCCAAGGAGGAGGCCGGCAGCGAGAAGAAACCAGAUGAUGCUGAGGAGGAGCAACCUCAAAAAGACCAAGAGAUGACUCCAAAGAAACCAGGACGGAGGGGACGGCCGCCGAAAGCAGCGACAGUAGCAGCAGCAGCAGCAGCAGCAGCAGCAGCCGCAGCCACAGAGGAUCCAGAUAAAAAGGAGAAAAGGGCAGAAGAAAAAGAAGGCGAGCAGAAUGAUGAAGAGGAGGAUGAGGAGGAGGAUGGUGAGCAAAAAGGAAGAGCGACCACACGUUCAGCAUCUCGCCUGGAGGCUGAAAGGAACAAGCCAAGUAAACCAUCCACCCGGGCAAGUCGACAGAACGGUAAAGAGGAGACCGCAGCUGGCACACGCGGGACGAGGGGCCAGGCAGCAGCGGCGGUGAAGGGGGGCCGUAAACGGGAAGCCAGCCCCCCUGCAGUGCGAACACGGGGAGGACAGAAAUCGGAGGAGCCCCCUUCCAAGAGAGCCAAACGCUAAAAUCUCUGACAGCCGUGGACUGGUUUUCCCCAGCAGUGUUUUCUCUGCACUCCAUAUCCAAGUCAGUUUUGUUGUCGGGGGGGUCAAAGAGCCUCUACAGUCAGUAAAGCUGUUUCGGUUCAUUGACUGUAGAUAUUGAAAAGCUCUGGAUAGUAUUAUAUACUCUCCACUGAUAGUUGAGUGUAAACCUGAGGAUCUGUGUCGGAAUCCCCCCAGAAUACCUUCUACUGCACUACGCCCAUAUGGUUUGGAUCAUACUUCAUCAUUCCUCCGUUUAUUCAGUAAUGCCCAGUGAGUAUUUCAGACCAAUCAAAGGCCUAAUGUGCAGCCGAGUCGUGCUUUGAGAUAAAGAGGGAGAAUUGAAAUGAGGCCAGAGUGUGUCUCAGUUUAGACAAAAACUGUCACACACUCAAAUGUUAUCUGCUGAUUUUUCCAGAUAAUCCAUAAACUUGUACAUAGAAAUCACUGUGAAGCGUCUAGCAUUCACUGUGACUUUUAUUAUUCAAUAUUCAUUCUGUGAAUGACAGGAGGAGAUUUCCUCCAGCUUUUUUUAAGU